AUGUCGGAGCAAUCUCUAGAUGAAUUAAUCAAGGGGAUCACUCAGUCCCUCUCCCAAACACAGGAUGCCCUUAACUCCACGCUGACCAGGUACAUAGACGAAGCAGAGAUGCUCCUUCCGCCAAUUAUCAAGCAGAUCCUAGAGAAAGGUAGCGGAGAGAUUGAAGGCAUGUCACUUCUUUCCUUGAAAAGUAAUUCUCUUUUAUCGUAUGUCAAUAACUUGGCUAUCGUCAUCCUAGCUCACUUGUCAAGAUUGCAACAAGAAGGCACAGAAGAGCUGAAAAACAGUGCCGUGAAGAACAUCAUUGAACAAAGAGUCACCUUAGAAAAGGGAGUCAAGCCUUUAGAAAAGAAACUCUCCUAUCAGCUAGAUAAAAUGGUAAGAUCAUUCCACCGGAUGGAAGAGGAGUCUAGCAAGUUGGAACAGAAGGUGAAUGAGCAGCAAGAAGCCAGAGCUAACGGUGAGGAAGACGGUUCUUCUGGAUCUGACUCUUCUGAUUCCGAUUCCGACUCUGAUGAUGAAGAUGCGCUCUCAUACCGCCCAGAUGCUGCUGCUUUGGCUAAGAUGGCUCCACCAACGAAGAAGAAGCUGACUCAAUCGGCAGCAGACUCUGAAUCUAAGGAGAAAUAUAAGCCUCCUAAGAUUUCCGCUGUGGCUCCACCUUCUGCCAACUUCAGCGAAAAGGCCGGACCUAAGAACCAGACAAGAAAAUUGCAGAGUAUGGAAGAGUAUUUGGCAGAGGCCUCCGAUUUGCCACAGGCUGAGAGCUCAAUUGGCUCAACCAUUGUGGACAAGGGAAGAGGUGGUGUAAAGACCAACAGAGAAAAACAAAAGGAACAAGAGAUCCAACGUUACGAAGAGAGCAAUUUCACCAGAUUGCCCAGCACUGCAACCAAAAAAUCUUUCAAGCAGAAGAUGGCCGAAAGAGUCAAUAAUUUUGCAGGUGAAGAUUGGUCUAUGUUUAACUCUAACAGAGAUAUGAGAGACGGAACUAGCCGGAAAAGAAAGGCUGCGUCUGCUUGGGAUAGAGCUAAGAGAAAACAGAAUUGA